GAUGGUACAGUUUAAAGUAUUUUGUUUCAUUAUUGUCCUGCUAGGAUUCCUGUGUUCUCAGAGCAAAGGUAUAGUUUUGUCGCCUGAAGAGCAGGCAAUAUAUGGAACAAACGGAACUGGAAUAGGCCUGUGCGACUGUAAAGGAUGUGUUUGCAGAACCACUUUUUGCAUUGGAACUAUCUAUAGUUACAAAUAUUGCCCAGGAGGCGACAUAUGUUGCAAACCCAUCAUAAAUUUCUCCGACCUUUUCAGAUUACCUAUUAUUAAUGUAAAUAAUAAUUAAAUAUAUUUUCAUUAUUUGUAGAAGAAGAAAUAAAAUUUAUAUUCCACUAAUAAUUAGUGAUAUUUCCUUCUUCUUAUUGGCAUACCUACA